AUGGAUGAGACUGGGGUAGGCCUUGGGGUAUGUAGCAACUCCCGUGUGGUUGCUAGCUCGUCAAAGAAGAAGGCUUACGUCAAAUCCCCAGAGGAUCGUGAGUGGGUGUCUAUUAUUGAGUCCAUCUCAGCCGUUGGCAAGAAGCUUCAAUGCCUAGUCAUCUUCAAAGGCAAGCAUCUACAAUCCACGUGGUUCCCAGCACAAGGGGUACCUGAUUGGCUCUAUACAACGUCAGAGAAUGGAUGGACGUCAAAUGCUAUUGGAUCUGAGUGGCUGAAGCGGAUUUUUCUGCCUCAAACUACACCUCAACCCGGUCGCUGGCGGUUACUUAUACUGGAUGGCCACGGCUCUCAUAUCCCAAUAGACUUCAUGUGGCUCUGUAAGCAGAGCAAGGUCUAUCUCCUAUACCUCCCGCCUCACGCGUCACACGUCCUCCAGCCGCUAGAUCUGGCUCCAUUCUCAGUACUCAAAUCUCGUUACCGUAGCGGGAUCCGAGCCCUCUCAGCACUUGAUGACGCAGCACCUAUCAAGAAGGAGCGCUUUGUCACAUUAUACAAUAAGGCGAGAGAUAAGGGACUAUCUGAGAGAGUCAUACGAGCCGGGUGGAAGGCUGCUGGCCUCUGCCCAUACAACCCAGACCUUGUACUGCUCUCAUCUCAAGUAUCAGGCCGGCCUAUCACUCCUCCACCAUCUACUCAAGCCUCAGAUGACGUGUUUGCCACGCCUCAGAGCUCACAGGCCUUGUACAAGGCUCAGCAGCUUAUUCUAUCAGAAUCUCAUUCACGGAGCACACGCCUGAUGCUUGGCAAGGCAGGCAAGGCUAUUGCCAGAGCCAACACCCGCGCAGCUCGGCUAGAAUUUGAAAAUCAACGCCUCAAGUAUCAAUUAGAUAGUGCUACUAUUACUUACUCAAGAAAGCGAGUUCAAGUUAAUCCAAAUGAGCGCUAUAGCAACGUUGAGGCGAUUAAGGCUGCUAUAGAUCGGGCAGCAGCAUUACAAGCUGAGCAGGCAUCACGGCAAGGAGAAGACGAAGCUAAAAAGGCGGCAGCAGCAGCAGCAGCUCUUACGCUUCAGUCUAUGUGUACAGAGUGGCAAUUGUAA